ACAUUCUCCUCUCCUCAUCGAUCACUCUUCUUCCUCCGUCCCCCGCGCACAUGUCACCCGAGCUUAGCUUGGCUUAGCUAACAUCUCACCCCCUCGCACGGAGGCAGGGAGGCACACCCACACACAAACCGAAGCCCUCCAGCGUCCCCCUCCAAACCCGCGCAGGCUGUGCUAGCCAUGGAGAGUGGCGGUAUCAUUGCGGCAUGUACUCUCCAAUGAUUGAUCUCUCAUCGUCUCUUCUUCCAACCCCCUCCUCGUCCUCGUCCUCCUCCCUCCCUGCCCGCCCUGUCUCCCCAAAAUGACCAGCAACAGCAGCCAGAACCUCAGCAGCUGCAGCACCGGCGGGAGCGACGCGGCGGUCGGCGGCGGCGGCAGCUGGCUGGGCUUCUCGCUGUCGCCUCACAUGGCGGCCACCAUGGACGGCUCGGACGGCUCCAACGCCGUGCAGAUGCAGCAGCAGCACCACGGGGGCCUCUUCUACCCUCCCGUCGUCAGCGCCUCCCCCGCAGGCUUCUGCUACGCGCUCGGCGGCGGCGGCCAGGAUGGUGUCUCCACGGCGGGAGCCAAUGGCGGCGGGGGAUUCUACCCUGGGCUCUCCGCCAUGCCGCUCAAGUCUGACGGAUCCCUCUGCAUCAUGGAGGCCCUCCAUAGGAGCGAGCAAGAUCACCACGGUGUGGUGGUGUCGUCGGCAUCGCCGAAGCUGGAGGAUUUCUUGGGCGGGGGCCCCGCGAUGGCGCUGAGCUUGGACAACUCCAGCUUCUACUAUGGCGGCGGCCACGGGCACGGCCAGGACCAAGCCGGCUACCUGCAGCCGCUGCACUGCGCGGGGAUCCCCGGCUCGGGCGGGCACGGGCACGACGUGUACGGCGGCCACGCGCAGCUGGUGGACGAGCAUUCCGCCGCGGCGAUGGCGGCGAGCUGGUUCGCUGCGCGCGGCGGGGACGGCUACGACGUCAACGGCGGCGCCGGAGCCAUCCUGCCGGUGCAGGGCAACCUGCACCCGCUCGCCCUAUCCAUGAGCUCCGGGACCGGGUCCCAGUCCAGCUGCGUCACCAUGCAAGCCGGCGCACGCCCCCAUCCCCACGCCGACGCCGUCGCCGAGUACAUCGGAUUGGACGGGAGCAAGAAGCGCGGCGGCGGCGGCGCCGUGCAGAAACAGCCCACCGUCCACCGCAAGUCCAUCGACACCUUCGGCCAGCGCACGUCCCAGUACCGCGGCGUCACCAGCAGGCAUAGGUGGACGGGGAGGUAUGAGGCGCACCUCUGGGACAACAGCUGCAAGAAGGAAGGCCAGACCCGGAAAGGCCGGCAAGUUUAUCUCGGCGGGUAUGACAUGGAGGAGAAGGCCGCGAGGGCGUAUGACCUGGCGGCGCUCAAGUACUGGGGGACGUCCACGCACAUCAACUUCCCGAUUGAGGACUACAGGGAGGAGCUGGAGGAGAUGAAGAACAUGACCAGGCAGGAGUACGUGGCGCACCUCAGAAGGAAAAGCAGUGGCUUCUCUCGCGGCGCCUCGAUCUACCGAGGAGUGACAAGUAUUUGCCGCAGGCAUCACCAGCACGGGCGGUGGCAGGCGCGCAUCGGCCGCGUCUCCGGCAACAAGGACCUCUACCUGGGAACAUUCAGCACGCAGGAGGAGGCGGCGGAGGCGUACGACGUGGCGGCGAUCAAGUUCCGGGGGCUGAACGCGGUGACCAACUUCGACAUCACGCGCUACGACGUGGACAAGAUCAUGGAGAGCAACACGCUGCUCCCGGGGGAGCAGGUCCGGCGCAUAAAGGACAGCGAGCAGGCCUCGGAGGGCGACGCCGUGGCCAGCGCCGCGGCGGCAGUGGUGCAGGCCGGCAGCUGCGGCGCGGCCGACACCUGGAGGAUCCAGGCGGCGGCGGCGCUUCCGGGCGUCGCGCGGGCGGAUGAGCUGCACGUGAAGGGGCAGCACCAGGACCUGCUGUCGAGCGAGGCGUUCUCGCUGCUCCACGACGUCGUGUCCGUGGACGCCGCCGGCCAGGGAGGCGGCGGCGGCGCCAGUGCGCACAUGUCGAACGCGUCGUCGCUGGCCCCAAGCGUGAGCAACUCCCGGGAGCAGAGCCCGGACCGGGGCGUUGGCGGUGGCGGCGGCCUCGCCAUGCUCUUCGCCAAGCCCGCGGCGGCGGCGUCCAAGCUGGCCUGCCCGCUCCCGCUGGGCUCUUGGGUCUCCCCCUCGCCGGUGUCCGCGCGGCCCGGCGUGUCCAUCGCGCACCUGCCCAUGUUCGCCGCGUGGACCGACGCGUGAACAUGUCGGUGCACUAGCACAGCAGCGCAUCCAUGGCUGUGGUUUGGUGGGGUUGGAAGUGGACACUCAAAAAACUCUUGUUCGUUUUGUUCCAUGAAUUAGGGCGUGCGUGCUUAGUGUCAGCAGCAGCAGGGUAAGGAUUAGUAGCAGUAGCAGCGACCGUGGUCUAAUUCUCAAGUGGGGACUAACUAGCGGUGCUUGAUUUUGCUUGGCCUCAGGUGAUUCCUCUCCUCCGUUUGGGUUGCGAGGGGAGGUUUCUUUUUGUAAUGUCGAGGCCAGCGACAGCAACAGCUAGCAGCAUGGAUCUCCUCCAGUAGCCAACGCUAAUUUGGAGUAGGAUGGUUUAGCGUUGAUCUCCUAACUUCAACAUGGAAAAAUAUGCCAAGUUUAGUUUGCCAACAA